UCCAGUGUGACUCUCUCUCUCUCUCUCUCUCUCUCUCUGCGUUUGAAAUGGAAAUCGGGUCGGGUCCGAUCGGGUCAUGCUCCAAAGAGCAGCAGAAGAUUUACAGGGACUGGUUCAACUUCGUCGAUUCAGACGGCGAUGGCCGGAUCACUGGUACGGAAGGCGCGAAUUUCUUCGCCAUGUCCAAGCUUUCUAGGCCAGAACUCAAGCAGGUUUGGGCAAUUGCUGAUUCGAAGCGGCAAGGAUUUUUAGGGUUUACUGAGUUCAUCACAGCAAUGCAGCUGAUUUCAUUUGCACAAGAUCAUGAGUUAAGUCCGGAUGUCAUCAAAGCUGAAGUUGACUGGGAGAACAUUAAACCUCCAGUGAUUGAAGGUGUGGAUGCCUUAAUAGCUAAAUCUAAGAGUUCUUUAACAAAUGGGGUCCCCGUGAAUGGAAAUGGAAUCAUUCAUAAUCAACCACCAGCUGAACGGACUCCUUCAAAAUCCGUGAAGAGACUACCUGUCAAUGCAGUUACAUCGAUAGUUGAUGGCUUGAAGAGAUUGUACAAUGAAAAACUUAAACCGUUGGAAUCUGCAUUUCGUUUCAAUGACUUUGGUAAUCCAUUACUGACUAACAGUGAUUUUGAUGCUAAACCCAUGGUCAUGCUUUUGGGUCAGUAUUCAACUGGAAAGACAACAUUUAUAAAGCAUUUGUUAAGAUGUAACUAUCCAGGAGCUCAUAUUGGGCCAGAGCCCACGACUGAUAGAUUUGUCGUUGUAAUGUCUGGACCUGAUGAAAGGAGCAUUCCUGGAAAUACCAUAGCUGUAAAUGCUGAAAUGCCUUUUAGUGGUCUAACAAGUUUUGGAGGUUCAUUUCUGUCAAAAUUUGAGUGUUCCCAAAUGCCUCAUCCAUUGCUAGAUGAAAUUACACUUGUGGACACUCCUGGAGUUCUAUCUGGAGAAAAGCAACGAACACAAAGGAGUUAUGAUUUCACUGGUGUCAUAUCGUGGUUUGCUGCAAAAUGUGAUCUCAUUCUUCUUCUUUUUGACCCUCAUAAGCUUGAUAUCAGUGAUGAAUUUAAGCGUGUAAUUGCAUCUUUACGUGGGCAUGAUGACAAGAUUCGAGUGGUUUUGAACAAAGCAGAUCGAGUUGAUACUCAGCAACUGAUGAGAGUUUAUGGGGCAUUAAUGUGGUCACUUGGAAAGGUUUUGAAUACUCCCGAAGUUGUGCGUGUUUAUAUUGGCUCAUUCAACGAUAAACCUGUGAAUGAAGAAGCUGUUGGCCCGAUGGGUAGGGAGCUUUUUGAAAUGGAACAAGGUGACCUCCUUGCUGACCUGGUUGAUAUACCAAAAAAGGCUUGUGAUCGCCGGAUCAAUGAAUUUGUGAAACGUGCUAGAGCUGCUAAAAUUCAUGCCUACAUAAUUAGCCAUCUUAAGAAAGAGAUGCCUGCAAUGAUGGGGAAAUCAAAGACCCAGAAGCGACUCUUGGAAAAUCUUGAAGAAGAGUUUGCAAAGGUUCAGAGGGAGUAUCAUUUACCAGCAGGGGACUUUCCAAAUGUUGAACACUUCCGAGAGGUCUUGAGCAAUUACAACAUCGAUAAAUUUGACAAAGUGAAGCCUAAGAUGAUUCAAGCAGUAGAUGACAUGCUUGGGUAUGAAAUCCCUGAGCUCUUGAAGAACCUCAGAAACCCCUAUGAUUAAAAAAAUGUAAUUACUGAAACAAGACUAGUGUUCUAUAUUUCUCGGUAUCUGAUUGAUUAUCUCCUAGAGCUUCAUCAUCAAAAUGAAGCAGUAUCCUGGAUCGAGUAAGAUAUGGUUCGGCAUUUCGUCUUAAUGCUGAAAGUUAUGAACCUUUUUAGGCUGGAUGAUUGCAAUUUUAAUGCCAAAUGUUUCUCUUCG